GUUUUUGUUUGUAUUAAAACAGAGCAUACAAUUGUGGCAGCCUUUAUAGGUUUAAGAUUUAAUUGGGAAUAAUUUGACGUUCAAACUUUUUGUAAUGGAAGAACAAGGAGAGGAUAAAGCUUAUAGAUGGGAGGGGGAUUAUGAGAAGACAUGGGAGGCUCUUAAAGAGGAUGAGACGGGGUCUCUACAAGCAAGUAUUGAAGCCGAAAUUAAUAAAGCUAAGAAAAGAAGAUUGCAACAACGCCAGCGCAAUGUUCGUCUGGGAAUGAUGCGGCAUUUAUACGUCGUGGUUGACUUGUCACAAGCCAUGUGCGACCAGGAUUUAAAACCAAAUCGAGCCGUUGCCGUUUUAAAAGCGCUCGAAAUAUUUAGUGAAAAGUUUUUCGAUCAAAAUCCAAUCAGUCAAUUAGGCUUUGUAUCAACCUGUGCAAAAAGAGCUGAAGUUUUAAGUGAUAUGUCAGGUUCUCUACAGAAGCAUAUCAAAGUGCUGCAAGAUCUUGGGCAAAAAAUAAUAAAAACAAACGCUAAACACUGCACUGGGGAACCUUCACUUCAAAACUCUCUGGAACUUUGCGCCAAAAGUUUGAAACACAUGCCCAGCCACACAAGCAAAGAAAUCCUUGUAGUUAUGGGCAGUUUAACUACUUGUGAUCCUGGGUCUAUUCACGAUACCAUCACACAAAUAGCAAAGCAGUCAAUAAGAUGCAGUGUCAUUGGUUUGUCUGCAGAAGUUCAUAUUUGUAAAUAUCUUGCCAAAUCCACAAAAGGGACGUUUGGAAUCAUUUUAGAUGAGUCACAUUUUGCUGAUUUAUUGACAGAUCAUGUUCCCCCACCUGCAGAAAUUUCUCCUGAGUCAUCGUUAAUCAAAAUGGGGUUUCCCCACCACGUAUCUCCCCAUGAGUCGGGGAAAAUAUCGCUUUGUAUGUCACGUAACACCUUCACUGUUGGCGGCUACUUUUGCCCACAGUGCCAAGCAAAAUACUCUGAACUUCCAGUACAGUGUGUAAUAUGCGCUUUGACCUUAGUUUCUGCACCACACCUUGCAAGGUCUUAUCAUCAUUUCUUUCCCCUACCCAUGUUCAAAGAACAAGAGGUUCCAGUUGGAUCUUUAACCUGUUAUUCGUGUUGUAAACCCAUCACCACUGUUACAUAUGUUUGUGAACAAUGUGCGAUUUCAUUCUGUAUGGAUUGUAAUGCAUUUAUACAUGAGACUUUACAUUCAUGCCCAGGUUGUAUCAUAUCAACAAACCAUGUCCACACAACAACUAAUGGGGUUGUAUAAAUAUGAUUGACAGGUAACAUUAUAACUUGUUAAUAUUACAACACUAGAAAAUUAGUUAAAAGUCCAUAGCACAUCAAAACUACAUUAGUUUACCAAGUAACUUAUGCAAGCAGCAGAAAUUAGUGGCGUCACCAUUUAGAAGCAUUUCUGUGCCACAAAAAUGCUGCAGAAAUUGCUACCAGGCAUAAUGUAAUACAAAGUGGCUUCUUUAUAAAUUUCAAAUAAGAUAAUUUGUUGUAUGCGGCAAGGUCAAUAAAAAUAGCAUUGUAGUGCUACAGGCUGCCAGGUAUCAAACUCACUGUCAAUUUUGAAAUGUGCUAAUGGAUUUACCAUGGUUCAAGUUGCAAUGCAUUUUUAUCAUAGUCGCCAAACUUUUUAAAAAACACAGGCAGGGAUAGUUAGAUGUUUAUUUCUGUAAAACAAAUUUUACUUACUGGUUAUAAUCACUAGUUAAAGUAGUGUAAAAACUCUAGGGUAGAUCUGCCUACCUUACCACCCCAUGUUUGGUGCCUAUAAUAAUAUUCCAUACACUCCCUAUACCACAUGUUCCAUGGUUUCUUGCCUUUCAAACCCACGUAACUCUAAAUACUUAUUUUUUUUGAUUGAACAUUUUUCAGCAUCAAAUUUAUAAUUAAACUUACAUGGUUACCACUCCUAUUCAUGUAACUAAUAUAAUUAAGGUUCAUUGUCUUUUUAGUGAUCAGCCUAUUUCCUCCGUUGUAUUUUCCUUCUUUUCCAUAUAUCUUUCAAAACUCACUCAAAAUAUGAGCGUGUGAUAAAAGCUAACAUAAGUUAGAGCUGCUUCAAGGCUGCAGUGUAUUUAUCACAUUAAUGGAUAAUUUUCCAACAAAAAUUGUUGCAAUAGAUAUUAUAUGUUGUUUUAUUACUUCCCCAUAAAAACCUGGCAUUAUUCACUUCUAGGCAAACAUUGCAACAGUUUUCAUUCAAGCUUUCCAGAAAUUCCACCCCUUGUAUUUUAACAGCUGAUAGUUUGUGUGUUAAUGCAUAAGUUGUGGUGCAUGCUGCUGCGCUAAACAUUUCAAUAGUUCCGCAUAACUUUAAAACAAUGUGCCAAUUUCUGAGGCUUCAUAGUUGCCAAACCUUUGUUACUGAAGGGUAGGCAGGGGUUUCAACAUAGACGCACACUCCUGUAAAACAAAUUCUUAUUGGAUGUAACGUUUACUGAAUAAUGCAGUAAAUACUCGGGUUUGGCCUGCUUACCUUGCCACCCCAGGUUUGGCGCCUAUGAGGUUCCCAUUUUCUCUAAGCAACAUUUUCAAUUCAUUUUUUUACAUUCA